AUGGCCUCCAUCACCCGCUCCAACCGGCGAGCUGAGGGCCUUCACCUCUAUGACCGUAACGUGAACGCCAGCGGCCCCCUCACGCGCUCGGCGCCAGGGCCAAACUCGUCCAGCUUCCACCACGGCGGCGCUGCAGGCGGUCGCACAAAGCGAGCCCUCGACGUGGCCGAGCGCGAGUUCGAGGCCAUCCGCCACAAGAAGACGAGGAUCGCCGUCGAGAUUCUCGCAAAGCCCCAGCUGCCUCUCGAGUCUGUGAAUGUACAACCGCCCCCGAUACCGCGACGAGCCGCUGUGGCGAGCAGCGCAAGUAGGCCGCCUCCUGCCCCUGUGCAGCCCACCACCAAGCCCCCAGCGGCGCCCAUAGCCGCCGAACCGCAGAGCGCCGGCUCCAGCUCCAACCUGACGAAGCAUCAGGCGAAAGUAAUAAAUGGCAUUAAGCACGAGCUGGACCGUCUGCAGCCUCGCCAGGACGACACCAAGGAGCAGGGUCGCAAGCUGCGAUCGCAGGAGGCGACCCGCUUCAAGAGCGAGCUCUCAGCCUAUUUCCCGGACUACGAUGAAGUAAUAGGGAACGACCCCAAAGAAGAACAUUUACUCAACCCCGAAACGCCGAUUAUUAUUAUCGAUACCAGUCUGUCGCGCGCGAUUCCCGAUCCUCCUCGCAAUGCACCUCGACCCCACCAUCGAGCUCCAGGUAGCAUCGACUUUCCAGUCAGAGGAUACGGCGAUGCGCUAUUCACCGACGUAUUCGACUCUCAGCGCAUCGAUUUUGGCUUUCUAGAAGCCCAGCACAAGAACAAAAACAUAGAAGAUCCCCUGCCCGACAGCUUGUUCGAGCCCAUUCAUAAAAAAGCCGAGAGGGUUGAGCGAUCGAUCCGCAAUACAGAGAAAGGCCGAGCACAACAUGAGAAGGACCAAAUCAUCCGACUGCUGGAAGGCCUUCAAGGCCAUGACUGGCUGAGAGUAAUGGGCGUCAGCGGCGUCACGGAGACGAAGAAGAAGAAGUUUGAACCUGCUCGGAUGCAUUUCAUCAAAGGCUGUCAAGUUAUACUGGCUAAAUUUCGCAAUUGGAAUCUCGAAGAGAAGCGACGAAAGCUGGAGAAGGAGAAAGCAUUGGCAGAAAAGGCCGAGCAAGAGGGUGAAACCGACGAGAGUGAGGAUGAAUCUCAGGAGAGCCGGGAUGGCCUUUCCAAGCAGAGUGAAGGCGAGGAUGAGGAGGAGGGCGAGGGCGAGGGCGAAGGGGAAGACGAAGACGAAGACGAAGACGACGUUGAAGAAGACGAGCCUUCUCAAGACGAUACUAGCGAGACGUCAUCACCGGCUAAGCAACUUCGACGAGAGGCGAGGGCAAGAUCAAAGCUGGCAUUGGCAGACUCCACAAAGCUGCGAAUAGCUCACAGACCUAUGCCACCGAUAAAACCUCCAGAGCCUCCAAAAGAGUUUAAAUCCUUCUUCUCCAAAAAAUACGAGCGUGAUAGCGCGCUUAACCGGCAAAGGCGAGCAGGAAGAAAGGUUCUUGCCUGGGGUCUUCCGCUACCCGAAAUUGCUGAGGCCGACUUCAUAUUGCCAGAAGAAUAUCGAGAUGAAGAGACGCUAAAGGCACGCGAAAGGAAAAAGCGCAGAGACAGGCGAGAGCUGCGGACUUCGAAAUAA